AUGUCGGCGAACGUGACGUCGACCGUCGCCUGGCAUCAAAUGUAUUCAGCGUUGCUCUCCCAGCUUCCAAAUACUAUGCAUGACAACCCAUACAAAGUUUCCGCGUUCCUUGGUGAUGGGGCAUGGAAGACGGUCGCCAUCUCUAUCGGGCUAGGCUACUUGCUACUUGUGCAAGCAUUGCGCUUCCAGCGCGCGAAGAGCCUGCGCCGAUGCUAUGGAUUUCCGGACAGGGCCAGUCUGAAGAAGAUGACGGUGGAAGAUGCUCAGAAAAUCAUAGUAGACCUGGCGAGCUUGGAAUUUCCACUCAUGAGCGAGACGAGUUUGCAGUUUGGUUUGUUCAAGACCUACGGCGUAGAGACGAUAAGUAGUCUGCUCCUGGCCACGAAGAAUCUGACGGACCCCGUAGCAAGCUUGAAGAGGCAAGCCAGUAUCACAGAUCCUGUUUAUACAGCCGUCCUCAUCGGCGAGUUCAUUUACAACCCACCGAACUCAAACCGCGCCACGACCGCUGUGGCACGGAUGAACUGGCUGCAUAGUAAGUAUAUCACAUCCGGUAAGAUCCUGGACACCGAUUUGUUAUACACGUUGUCUGUCUUCAUCACGGAGCCUGAGCGCUUCAUGCGGCUCUACGAGUGGCGGUCAUUGAACGAGAUGGAGCACUGCGCCUACGGCGUGUUCUGGAAGUCCAUCGGUGACGCUAUGGGCAUCGAGUACGAGGGCUACCUUUCCAAGACGGAAUGGAUAGACGGCUUGGACUUCGCACUCGAUAUUGCGCAGUGGGCCAAGAGUUAUGAGGUUAUUGCUUUUGCUCCUAGUCAGGUUAGCAACAAGCCUGCGGUCACACUGAUUCCAAUGAUCGCGUAUUGGGUUCCAAGGUUUGGGAAGGAGUUCGCAUAUGAAUGUGUUCACGUAUUGCUUGGAGACCGAGUACGAGAAGCAUUCCUACUCCCAGAACCCGGUAUUGGUGCCGCAGCGCUAGUUUAUGCAUCCCUUGCCCUUCGCCGCUUUGCCCUUCGACAUCUGUGUCUACCACGCUUCGUGCCAUUGAAGCGCCAUAACGAGGUCACAGAUUCAGUAGAUGCACCUUUACACAUCAAAUGGCCUUAUGGUAACUAUCCCUUCUAUAUCAAGCCGACAACAUGGAAUCGCUGGGGUCCCGGAGCUUGGGCCGUUUGGUUGUACGGAGGGAAAGUACCCGGCGACGAGCCUGUUGAACAUAUGGCACAAGGAUACAAAUUUGAAGACCUAGGUCCGAGGAAUCGCAUGGGCCACGGCACAGAUGAAAUGCAAAGUGACUUUGAGAGACUGAGAACGAAAGGCAUGGGAGGUUGCCCGUUCGGAUGA